AUGAGCGCCCCAACGCUGCCUGUCGACCUGCAAUGGGUCGCACACACGCUGAUGCCCUACCUGCGCUACGCUUUCCAGCAUGUUUUGCAUCGUAAUCUCGAUAUUACGCCGUACAUUCAGCGCGUGCUCGACUCUUCUACCAGCAAGUCUGGCUCCUACACUGAUGGUGAUGACCUCGUCUUCGAGCGUGUCUUCUUCGCAAUCGAGCGUCGCCACCAAGACCUUCCGACCGAGCUUAAUGAUUUCACGGAAAACCUAGAUUGUCUCGCUUUGUUUCUCAUUCGUCGCGCGCAGGAGAAGGGUCCAUACCGGUUACUGGGUCGCGAUAUUCCGCCUAGCGACGCCUGGAAGAAGUAUGAGAGUGAAAGGAUCGCACAGGUUGCAGCCAAGAACGUAAAAGUAAUGCAGAACCAAAAUCAACCUAUAGUGCCGACAUAUUCUGUUCCAACCGAUACUGGUCCACCAGCACCUCCGGCUCCUAAUAUGGCAAGGGUACCACUCCUUACGCACAACUGCAUCGACCCUCGUUUGCUCUACGCGUAUCCCGGCCAGUUUACUUCUCCUGAGCUUUCCGGAACUCUGACCCUUACUGACCUGCAGUACUACCUUCAUCGGAACGAAGAGAUCGAGGCAUCUGUUGCUAUGGAACUGGCCCACUUACUCAAUCACCAGCAGAGGCAUGGAAUGCAACGUUCAGUUUCUGACUCUCAAACCAUCCCACAAGUUUACCAGCAAAACAGGAUGUCAUCAUUACGACAAGGACAUCGAAAUGGUGCUUCGGAUCAACCAAGGUCGUUUCAUGUACCGAAUCCGGUUUCCCAACAGCCGCAUACACCCAGUUACGUACGGCAUUUAGGAAAACAGCAAAUUGCUAUACCAAAUCAACAUUCUUCGCACGCACUUAACUCCACACCACAGAUGUACAAGCUAGCUGAGCCCACCCAGCGUCUUUUCCAGCAAACAGGUUACCUCCAGCCAUCAGGCUAUUCAUCCCGCCCUGGGGUGCAGAAUAUCCAGCCACGACCUGCCCCCGUCACAUCUCGACCUUUGCCCGCGCAGCCUGGCUCCUUUUCUAACUACCAUGGUGACAUCCAUCCCGGCUUUCCAACCCUCACCAAGCCUGCCGGCAUUUCCAAAUCUGUCACGAAGGCGCCCACAUUUUCAGGCCUACCGGACUUUUCCGACCCAUCCUGUCGAGCAACAAGCAUGGCAGCUUUCAGAAAACUCUCGCGAGAACAAAAAGUAGCAAAGUUUUUGGAGAUAGAUAGAGCUGAAAAGGCCCUAAAUCCCAAAGCAAUCACACAGGUGCAGAAAGUGUUCAUGAAGGCUGCUGCAGAACGGGUGGCCGCAACGAAGAUAAAUGCUGUAGGUGAAGAUAGGAUGAAGCAGCACAAGGAGAAUGAGGAGAGAAUAGUCAAGCUUCCAGAUCAACAGACGAUAAUGGUUCCGGCCCCCAGCCAUCAGACCAACUGGGACACAUACAUGACUACACCAGGAGUUGGAAGCUUCGGAUCUCACCCAGCUUACUCGAACAUCAUGAGUUCAUUUCCUUCGCCGCAGCUCCAUGGGCCUUUGCUAGCUCCCACACCGACUUCCAAGCGGGAAGAAUAG